UUUUUCAUUGUAUUUUUCUGUUACUUAGCCUUUGCAUUUAGCUUUGCCAGUGUUGGUGUGUGCAUCCGCGGGAGACGAUGCUUCCAAGCAGCUUACUUUGUUCCAUGAGGCCAAGCUUCUCAAGCAGGAAGAAGAAAGGUAACCGGGAUAGCCUGGAAACUGAAGCCGAAGAUCUCGAUUGUCGAUACUCCGUUCCGUUUCACAGAGAUCCGUUUAAGAAUCAUUCGUCUUCAAGAUUCUCUUUACGAUCGGAUAAUCCUCCCUUUUCCAGAAAGGGAGCAGCGGUGAAGGCGAAGAAGAAAGGGGAAAUGGCGACCAAAGUAUCCAACUUUUCGGAUCUGAUACAACGAGUUGCAGCAUCUUGUUUAUUGCACCCGCUCGCCGCCGGCAGGCAAGAAUCCGGCGAUUCUGACUCCCUGACUCAUUCCGUUAUCGAGGAGGACCCCGACGAAGAAGAAUACUACGAGUAUAAUAAUUCAAGCGAGGAUGAAGGGAAAGAAAAUGAGGUGAAGGACAUUGAGAAGUCGAGGAGAAUAACGCGGGUUUGGAACCAUAACGGAGAGAAAACGAAGGAAAUGGUAGCGUUAAUGGAGGAGGUUUUCGAGGCGGUGGCUGAAAUGAAGAAGGCUUACUUAAGGUUACAAGAAGCGCAUUGCCCGUGGGACCCAGAGAGGAUGAGGGCGGCUGACGUUGCGGUGGUGGGUGAACUGAGGAAGCUUGGGGUGUUGAGGGAAAGGUUUAGGAGGGAAACACGUGGCGGUGGACGCGGUGGCGGGAAAGGGCACGUGGCUAUGCUGAGGGAAGUGGUGGCGCCGUACGAAGCGGCGGUGGAGGACUUGAAGAGGGAAGUGAAGGUUAAGGAGGUGGAAAUCGAGAACCUGAAAGAGAAGCUCAAUACUGUUACUUGCCUUUCCAGUGGUGGAACGAAAGGGCGGAGUCUUUCCAAGAGGAAAGUCAGCUGCAGUCAUGUACUUGCAGCAGCACCAACGCCAGAGCUGUUUGAGGCUACAGUGAGUCAGGUGAAGGAAGCAUCAAAGUCCUUCACAUCUCUCCUCCUUUCCCUCAUGCGCGAGGCUCGUUGGGAUAUUGCAGCCGCUGUCCGAUCCAUUGAAGCUGCAACAGCCACUCCUGACAACACCAAUUAUACCACCACGAUGAUAACUCCAUCCGUCGUUGCAAAUCACCAUGCCAAGUACGCGCUAGAGUCGUAUGUCUCGCGCAAAUUUUUCCAAGGGUUCGACAAUGAGACUUUCUACAUGGAUGGCAGCCUCUCUUCCUUGCUUAAUCCCGAUCAGUACCAUCGGGAGUGCUUCACUCAAUACCGUGACAUGAAAGCAAUGGACCCGGUCGAGCUUCUGGGGAUCUUGCCUACAUGCAAUUUCGGCAAGUUCUGCUCCAAGAAGUACCUCGCCAUUGUCCAUCCCAAGAUGGAGGAAUCCUUGUUCGGAGGCUUGGAGCAGCGCAAUCAAGUAAUGGCCGGAAAUCACCCCAGGAGUCAGUUUUACGGGGAGUUCCUGGGGCUGGCCAAGGCAAUUUGGUUGCUUCAUUUGCUUGCAUUCUCGCUUGACCCAGCACCAAGCCAAUUCGAAGCUAGUCGGGGAGCAGAGUUUCAUCCACAUUAUAUGGAGAGCGUGGGCAAGAUUUCAGGUGGGCGAGUGCCUGCAGGUCAGAUUGUGGGCUUCCCUGUUAGCCCUGGGUUCAAGCUGGGAAAUGGUUCUGUUGUAAAGGCUAGGGUUUACCUAGUGACUAGCACAUAGACUUGUUGCAUCUGGUUUUGAUAGGUUUUAGAAUCUACAGUAGGGGGAAUUCAGCUUAGGACUUUUUGAGACUAUUAUUUUAAGAAUCUGAUUUGAUGUCCUGGGA